AUGAAGGGUUGUGUACAGUGCUUGAGAGUGAUAUUAGUGGUCUUUAACUUCCUUGUAGUGCUCAUUGGUUUAGCAGUUCUCGGCUUCUCCGUGUACAUUUAUUUGGAACCGGAAGCUCAGGAUAUUAUAUUAGCAUCAGGACAACAGCAUGUAGUACAAAUAAUGUUAUACGCUUUAAUGGGGAUCGGUGGUAUUACACUGGUUAUCGCGUUGUUUGGUUGUUGUGGUGCAUAUCAUGAAUCACAAUGUCUACUGGGAACCUACUUCACAAUACUUAUUAUGAUAUUUGCAACUCAAGUGACCGGAGCUACAUUGGGUUACAUAUACAGAGAGGAGAUUAUGAAAUAUGUAGAUGAUCGUAUGAGAGAGGGGAUUGAAGAGUAUUCAAUGUUACGUGAUCAACGUGAGAAUCCUAUACCGUUCAUGGAUUCAAUUCAACGUAUGACACACUGAAAAUGUCGGAUAUUGAAUUGUCUCAAGUGGAUAAAUCUUUCUUGUUAAGAUACACAGUAUUCUUUGUCAUCAUUCUCAAUAGAAACUGAAUGCAUAUACAAAAAUAAUAGUUGGCUUUCAGUUCGCAUUCAAAAUGAUUGUAAGAAUAUUUGCAUAACUUGAAGGCUUUUGUCAUCAAUAACAUCAAUAUUCAAGUAUUGGUUUCCAAGGAUUUCUGAUUGGUUUACAGGAAGUCAUCGGCUAGAGAACCAUCGGAAGACCUGGAAGUACUGGACAGCUGUUUCGUUCUAAUUUAAUGAUCUCCAGCACUGAGUACUCUGUAACCAGUGGAGUACAGCAGGUUGGGUGUGAGGACAAAUACUUGCCGCUGACAUUGGCUGGCAACCAGUCACACCAUUUCGUGAACUGAUACAAGUUGUAAUUCACGGACUGGCAAUUGAAUCAGGUUCCAGUGUCUGGAAUGCUUCAUGAGAUCGCCUUGUCACCCUAAGGUCUUGGGUUCGAACCCUGGGUAUGUAUUGAUGAAGAGUCCUAAACCAGAGUGAAACAGCUGUACAGUACUCGCCGCUGGUUUUCCAAUGGUUCUCUAA